AUGGGCAGAGUAGUGUACGUAUUGCUUGCGGUGGCUUUGCUUGUUUUUGUGAUGUCCAUGGAUGCCACCUUUGCUGAUGGGGGAGGGAAUGGUGGUGGAAAUGGGAAUGGGAAUGGGAACGGGAAUGGCGACAAUGGUGGAGAAGGUAAGGGGAAUGGGAAUGGUAAAGGGGGUGAUAAUGGUGUAGGUCAUGGGGGAAAUGGAGAUGGUAAUGGAAAUGGGAACGGGAAUGGAAAUGGUGGAGAAGGUAAGGGGAAUGGAGAUGGGGGUAAUAAUGGGAAUGGGAAAGGCGGUGAUAAUGGUGUAGGUCAUGGGAAGGGGAAUGGAGAUGGGAACGGGAAUGGGAACGGAGAUGGUAAUGGGAAUGGAAAUGAGAAAGGUAAUGGGAAAGGGACUGAAAAUGGGUAA